CGCGUGGGACGAAAAGAAGGACGAUGGCGGCGCGGAGCAUCCCUACGCCCGUGCACGGACACGUGGGCCGCGGCGCCUUCAGCGACGUGUACGAGCCCGCGGAGGACACGUUCCUGCUUCUGGAUGCGCUCGAGGCGGCGGCGGCCGAGCUGGAGGGAGUGGAAAUAUGUCUUGAAGUAGGGUCAGGGUCUGGUGUAGUAUCGGCUUUCCUAGCUUCUGCGAUUGGUCCUCAAGCUUUGUACUUGUGCACUGAUAUCAACCCUGAGGCAGCAGCUUGUACCCUGGAGACAGCAUGUUGUAAUAAAGUCCACAUUCAACCAAUAAUUACAGAUUUGGUCAAAGGCUUGCUACCAAGAUUAAAGGGAAAAGUUGAUCUUCUGGUGUUUAAUCCCCCCUAUGUCGUGACUCCACCUGAAGAGGUAGGAAGUCAUGGAAUAGAGGCAGCUUGGGCUGGUGGCAGAAGUGGUAGAGAAGUCAUGGACAGAUUCCUUCCGCUGGCUUCAGACCUACUUUCACCAAAAGGAUUAUUCUAUUUAGUUACAAUUAAAGAAAACAAUCCAGAAGAAAUUUUGGAAACAAUGAAGACAAAAGGUCUGCCAGGGACCACUGCACUUUCCAGACAAGCAGGCCAAGAAGUUCUUUCAGUCCUCAAGUUCACCAAAUCCUAAUACACAGUAUGUGCUGAGAGCUAGAGGAAAACUGAAUAUACUCAGCGGAUUUUAAAACUGAAGUCAUUCCUUGGUUAACAAGGAAUAUUAUGAGAAAUUUGUCAUAAAUAAGCCAGGCAUGGU